GAAGGCUCCUCCUGCAGAGCCUCUGGGCCAGGCAGCAGCAGCUCCAUCCAGUGCUGUUCUCCACUUCUGCCUGUCCUGUGAAGCAAUGGCGUUGGGAUAAGAGGGACAAAGGGGGUUUCCUUCUUACUAAAACAUUUGUUUCCUGCUACCAGGAAGGCUUCUGUGCUUUCGUCACAGAGGUGCUUGGCUUGGUGCCCCCCUCCAUUUCUGCUGCAGAAUGUGGCUCAAGCUGCAUCCAGACCUCCUGGGAGAGUGGGCAGCCUCAGGGAUUCAUCCAAGAGAGAGAAGUGAUUCAGCAUACCUGGAGGGGCUGGGAAACAUGGUGGGAUUGAACACCAUGAGCCACCUCUGUGUCUCACCAUCUCUGCCCCCCAUGACCAGGUGAAGGGAAACACGGUAAGGUCUUGUGGGGAGCCAGCAAUGAGGAGCAAAAGGCAGAGAAGAGGAAACUCAGCCUGAAGCUGAGAUGACCACAGGAUUGUGCAGCACAGGCCUUAACACUGAAGACAGCAGAUGAGACACCAAUAUGGAAACCAUGUCCUCAAACCAUGCUGUCCUGGAGCAGGGCUGUCCCCAGGAGCCCAUGCCUGCAGCCACUGCCUGUGUGGUCAGGGCUCUCUUCAGCCUCCGGCUUCGCUGCAGCAGAGUCCCCUGGCCUCUCAUCACCAAGAAGUGACUUCUUCAAAGCCUCUGAGAUGCUGCUGCCCAUGGAGACCCAGAGGAGGUUGCCUGGACAUGUUUCCUGGCAGGCUGGCUGUGCACUAUCCUGGAGCCCUGAGGGCUGGUCCCUCUGUGCCCACGCUCCUGUCUCCAGCAUUACCCAUCCCAGAAGGAAAUCCCCAGGUCUAUAGAGUGGGGAGGCAAUGCCCCACAGCAAAUGCUCUGCAUCAGCUGGGAGAGCCUGGUCCUUCCUCAGAGCAGGGUGUCAGCCCAGCACCCCAAAUCCAGGUGGGGAAAAAACUCUGACAGUGGAUAAUUCACCCCUGUGCACCAGCCCAGCAGGAGGAUUCACCCCCUUGAGGGCAUCUGGUGGCCCCGCCAUCCCUUCCCUGGUGCUGAUGGUUGCUCUCGUCUCCCCCAUGGUGGUUCCGCAGCUCUGAGCUCACAUGUGAGGAUGGGCUAAAGUAGCGGAAAGCUGUUGGAUCCUACCACAGAGUUACUGACUUCUCAGCUACAGACUGCAUAGCAAUCAGCGAGGGGGAGAGGCAGCCAGGGAACGGGAGCAGAGCGCAAAGGGAGGAAGAGUGGAAGGGAGAGGGGGGAUCUGGGGACUAGAGCAGGGAGGCAGCAAGAGACACAGGCAAAUAAUGCCAGAAAAGGAGGGAAUCAAGCAGGAGGGGGAGACCUGAACCCAUCGCCGAGCCACGAAGGCACAUCAGCACUCCGUGGGAUGGACGCUCCUGGGAGCAAAAGAUUCUGAGAGGCAGAGGCAGGAGGAGAGCACUGGCGUGGGCAGGGCAGAGUUAGGAGAGGAGCAGGUCGCAGCAGAGAAGUAGCUCUUCGAGGGGAAAAAAUAAACCUAAGCUGGAGGCGAGCGAGGGCUGCAGAGAGACUUCCCUGAUUCCUCCGGUCUGGCUGAGACAUUUCAUGGUGAGAUGGAGAAAACGUCCGCUUUCCCCUUCCUCUGAUGUUGGCUAGGCACGGCUGGAGCAGGCAGCAGCCCUCGGCAGGACCCGGGUGUGUGCCAGGAGCACUUGCAAUGGCAGUGCCAGUCCCAGCUCACCAGAGGUGAAACCCGGAGCCACCUCGUCCCAUGUGAGUGCUGCUGCAUGAGUUCCUGUGCCAUUCCAGCUCCCGUGGCCCCCUGACAUCUGAUGAUACAGUGAGCCAUGGGCAGCGUCCGAGUCAACAGAUACAGCAUCGUCUCAACUGAAGAGGAUGGACACAAGGUCUCUGCACUGGGCAGCAUCAACGGGCACAGCCGGAAUGGGAAGGGCCAUGCUCCCCAGCGGAAGCACCGCAACCGUUUUGUGAAGAAGAAUGGCCAGUGCAACGUCUACUUUGCCAACCUGAGCAACAAGUCUCAGCGCUACAUGGCCGACAUCUUCACCACCUGUGUGGACACACGCUGGCGGUACAUGCUCAUGAUCUUCUCGGCUGCCUUCCUGGUCUCCUGGCUCUUCUUUGGCUUUCUCUUCUGGUGCAUCGCUUUCUUCCAUGGUGACCUCAAUGCACCGGUGGUGGGAGGUGGUCCCUCUCUCCUAAAGCCCUGCAUCAUGCACGUGAACAGCUUCCUAGGGGCUUUUCUUUUCUCAGUGGAGACACAGACAACCAUUGGGUAUGGCUUCCGCUGCGUGACUGAGGAGUGCCCGCUGGCUAUCAUGGCAGUUGUGGUCCAGUCCAUCGUGGGCUGUGUUAUCGACUCCUUCAUGAUUGGCACUAUCAUGGCCAAGAUGGCAAGGCCCAAGAAGCGGGCCCAGACCCUUCUCUUCAGUCAUCAUGCAGUCAUCUCCGUGCGGGAUGGCAAACUGUGCCUCAUGUGGAGGGUGGGCAACCUGAGGAGGAGUCACAUCGUGGAGGCCCAUGUCCGAGCCCAGCUCAUCAAGCCCUACAUGACAGAGGAAGGGGAAUACCUCCCCCUGGACCAGCGGGACCUAAAUGUGGGCUAUGAUGUGGGUCUUGAUCGUAUAUUUUUGGUCUCACCCAUUAUUAUUGUUCACGAGAUUGAUGAGGAGAGUCCACUCUAUGGGAUUGGCAAGGAGGAGUUGGAGACAGAGAACUUUGAGAUUGUGGUUAUUCUGGAGGGGAUGGUGGAAGCCACAGCCAUGACCACACAGGCACGAAGCUCUUAUCUCGCUAGUGAAAUCCUUUGGGGUCAUCGUUUUGAACCAGUUGUGUUUGAGGAGAAGAACCACUACAAAGUGGAUUAUUCACGCUUUCACAAGACCUAUGAGGUAGCUGGCACACCUCGCUGCUCAGCCCGGGAGCUACAAGAAAGUAAGAUGACUAUCCUACCUUCUCCCCCACCUCCCAGUGCCUUUUGCUAUGAGAAUGAGCUGGCACUUGUCAGUCAAGAUGAAGAUGAAGAUGAUGACGAAGUGGGUGUGGUGUUAGGGGGCAGCACCAAGGAGGAGGGAGGUAUCAUCCAGAUGAUGGAUUUUGGAAGCCACCUGGACCUGGAGCGGCUCCAGGCAACUCUGCCUCUAGAUACAAUCUCAUACCGCAGGGAGUCAGCCAUCUAAUUCCUCCAGUCUCCCCAUUCCAUUCCUAUUGCCCACAGUCUCCUCUGUUCUGCACCCGUACACUGGAUAAGUUCCUUGACCACCAAAUGAUGUCUCCCAUGACUGCCUCUCAGCCCCUGAGUACAUCAAAGCCUGGAGCUGCUCUGAUAUACUCCCUUUCCUAUGAAGUCAUACUGCUUGGAAGAGGAGUGAGGAUACACUACUCUUCCCAGGUAUGCAGUUUAUACUAGGAUCCCUUUCCUGCCCAGAGACAGGAGAGCAGCAGGCCUGAUUUCUUGUCUCUGGAGAGGUGACAGGAGUCCCUGCCUUCAAAGGACAGACUGGGACCUGCAGCAAGUGCAUCUGCUGCUGAAGCAACAGCAGACUUUCUGUCCCCUCUCAGUACGGGUAGGCCCAAUGGCUGUCAGGGGUCAUGGCCAUCUCUAGGAGAGGAGCAAUUCCUAAGCACUGACCAGACGAGGAUGGAAGGGAAAGCUCAGGACUCCUGGAGGGAGUGGGGAAGGAUCUCAAGGGACAAGUUUACUUGCAUGUUUGUUGCUUGUUGCACAGGACUGUCUCUUUGUAUAUAAAACAGAAGAAGAAAUGAAAUCCGUAUUCUUCCACUGCAAAUGUGAAGGUAGGAGACAAGGACAUACUACAUAGCCUACUCUUGGCUUUUGGUAUCUGUCACCUCCAGAAGCAGCUCAGCUCCACGGACUCAGACCCAGUUUUCCCGGUCCUCUUGAAAAACACAUCCUGCUCCUCUCCUGAAACGCCUGGCGGAGGAGGCAGGGCCCAGUUCUUGCCACACUCAGACUGCUCCCUGGCACGGCACAGCUAGGAUGACAGACAAAUGACCUGACUGAACAGCAGACCCUCCACUUGCUCCUUUCACCUCCUUCAUUCUUCUCCCUGCUGCCAUCAGCUGUAAAACUGAAUUUGUAACUAUUUAUUUUUAAUAAAGUCUAAUAUCCCAAGGGGAGGUUUGGAAGCAAAGGACAAACCCCACGGCUGCAGCCUGGUAUAGAGACUGA